AUGUCUUCGCAAUCCUUCGCCGUACUAAGGAGGACCGGCGGUGAAGAGCUCGAGAAAUUGGCAGAAGAGCACUUUAAGCACGACCUACGAGACGAAGACCGAGAUGUGGUGAAACGAGCCGCCUCGAAGGUCUCUACCCACGCCGUGAUCGGAUCCCUCGUAGGCGUAGGGUUGGGCAGUUACUUGGCAUACCGCGUUCGAGCGAACCGACGGGCCUUCUACGAAGCCUUCCGCGCCACCGAGAAGCCGACACAUGUUCGAUUCGCGGAUGGGAGAGAAGAGCCUAUCCCGGAUGUGACGCCGCUGUUACAGCCGUCGCGGUUGGGAGAUGCGUUGACGUUCACAUUCUUUGGUAUCGCCGGGCUGUUUCUAGGAGGUGAGACCGGCCUUUUGACGGGGACUUGGUCAGCGCGCCGGACGUUGCAAAAAAACCCAGAUACUCGGGCGCGUGUCGAACAGGCCUACAGGUCAUUCAGAGCGGAUGCCCUGAGGAAGCAAAUCGAGGAAUUGGAGGCGGGCACCAGCAAGAAGAGCGAUUCACUGCUUUGGUAG